CUUUUGUGUACUAAUCGGUGCCUGUUAGAAAUAGGUUACGAAAAAGGACGUUAUACUUUCGAAAAUUACCCUCCUCUCCAAGCUGAUGUAAGCCUAACGAAGUUUGGCCAUCGAGACAGGGCGUUGCUUGGUCCGGAACAGGUACCACCUGGAGAGCUGCAAAGGGAGCCUGGUCGUCUGAAACACAAAUUCGGUCAUCAUGACGGACUCGGCGGUGCCAGCGGAGCAGCAAAGCGAUAUUGAGAACAAGGAGGCCACCCAGGACCAACAGCCAAAAAAAGUUAUCGCGGAGCGCGUCCGCGGCACGGUGAAAUGGUUCAACGUGAAGAACGGCUAUGGCUUCAUCAAUCGAAGCGAUACCAAGGAGGACAUCUUCGUCCACCAGACGGCCAUCAUGAAGAACAAUCCGCAAAAGGCAGUUCGCUCUGUGGGCGAAGGUGAAGAUGUAGAAUUCGAUGUUGUCCUCGGAGAAAAGGGCAACGAGGCAUCAAAUGUUACUGGACCGGACGGUGCCCCGGUCCAGGGCAGUCCGUACGCGGCUAAUCGUCGCAGUGGCGGAGGUAACGGUGGUGGGGGACAGGGCUUCCGUGGCGGCCAGGGCGGAAGAUACUCGCAAAGGCGUCGAGGUCCGCCAAGGGAUCGACGGGGCCAGGGCAAAGGUGAUGACAAAGAAGAAGGCUACGAAGACGACGACGGUGGCGACCGACAGUCUGCGCCUAACCGUCGCUCUGGCGGAACCCGUGGCGGACGCGGAGGCGGUGGAGGCCGUGGUGGUUUCCGCUCUAGCGGCAUGAGGCCCGUUCCACGAAGGCGACGUGAUGAUGAUGAUGGCGAAGGCGACGCGCCGCGAAGGGAUGGUGGCGGCCGCGGAGGCGCUCGUCGUGGUGGCGGCGGGGGUGGCUAUGGAAGUGGCGGCGGCGGCGGCUACGGAGGUGGCGGUCGCGGCGGUGGUGGUGGUGGCGGAAACCGAAGACCACCGACCAGGAGGCCCCCCCGCUCCGAUAACGAGAACGACUACGAUGGAGGAAGCGACCGUGACCGAGAUCGCGAUGAUGGUGACAGGCCACCGCGACGUGGCGGCCGAGGAGGUGGCGGAGGCCCACGCCGGGGUGGUGGUGGCGCUCCCCGCUCCGGAGGUUACGGCGGUGGCAACGGAGGCGGUGGACGACCAUCUGGACGUGGCGGCGGUGGACGAGGCCCGCCUCGUGGACGUGGAGGCCCAAAGGAUCACAACGGCGAUGCCGGCGACAACUAGUUGAGGGGGCAGACGAAGCAGUAGAUCAGCGUAGUGGUGUGUGGCCAGCCCCGAUCGUCCAGUUCGGUGCAUUCGACGAUAAACAGAGACGCAAAGACGAGAAAAGAUCAAUUCUAUUACUACUAGCGAACAAGCACCACUUGGCGGUCAGAGGAUGGAUGCCACCGGAGGCAUUCGGGUGCAUCGGGCAGGUAGUACGCCGAACGCGCAGCUUGUCACCUCUGUUGUCGUCGGAACAGCAUUUCCUUGGCGAUCCCUUGGUUGUUGAAGACAGGGCAAAAUCAAGCACAGAAUAUAAUAACGAGGAACGACGGUAAUAACAGCAACAUUAACAAUAAUUCUAACAUCAGCAGCAGCAACAACAGAAAUCAAUUUCACCAUAAUUUCAACAUCCACCUAAUUCACACGGAAACGACACCGAGAAAACUGACUGGUCGAAGCCAAAUGACUUGGAAGAAACGAGUUCAAAGAACAGGACUAAACAACGAGUGGAUCGGACAAAUAAAAGAAUAUGGCAAUGGCGCAUUCAGUGAAAAUGAAGAACGACAGGAAAAAAGGAGGUAUAGAUGCUUAGCAUGAAGCAGGAAUAUAGAAUGAAGAAAGCAGAAAGGUGAUGAUUCAGUGAUAAAACAGAAGAUUUAGUUCUGCAUGCCCCCACGAACACGAGAUGACCAAUCAAAUAAGAAUCCACAAAUGGAUAGACUGAGCGAUCAAUGAUGAAUAAAAUGGCCCUGAUUUGUCAGGACGUCAACACUUUCACAGGGCUAGUGCCGUCAUUUUGCACACAUCGGCAAUGUGAAUAGCGACGAUGCGACAAACGUGACCGCCUUUUCUAAAGACGCAAACGGAAUUUUUCGAAAUACAUCGAGCGAACAAUGAUCGUUCAAUCUGUCCAUGCACCGAUAUCCCCCGGGUCCAAUCAAGCAACAAAGAAAAAAUAACAAACACCACCGUAUUAUUACUUAUUACCAACUUGCUGCAUACUUGUACACCAGUAGAAGCUGUUUGACGCAUACAUAUUACUACAACUCAUAUCUGUGCGUAUCGUAAUAUGGGGGUUACUUAACUGACUGCCAGGUAUACCCCUUCCCCCCUCCCAAAGCUGACAGCUAGAAAGAAACGAAAAACUUAACAUUCAUUGCUGAAUAACAAAAAAAAAAAACAAACAUCGAUGCUAUCUACUUUAAGAAAUGGAAUAGCUGAACAAAAGCUGAGUUGGCUCGUAUCAGGAGCUCAAUUAUCAACGUUGGACAGGGCAUGCAACCACGCUAGUGCCAUAAUGAUGACGGUUGAUGAUAAUAGUUACAACAGUAACAAAAACAGAAAGCGUUGUGUAUACCGUAUAGCAAAUGUCAAAUAUAAGAAUAGUUCAACAAAUGUCGAUAUUGAGGAAGAGAGACAAUGCUCUAUGAACACUACUGCAACAAUCAUUACCCUCAAAUUGAUACAUUACCGCAAAUCGAAAAUACGAUAUAACUUCUACACUUACAACGCUGCCGACAUUUCGAAGUCUCAUGUAUGUCAACUCAUCAUGGCUUCCCUCCCACGGACUGAUACGCGAACACCUGAGCUGGUUGACAGUAGAGAUGUUUUAUAAAAUCUAAGCCGAGUAUAUAAACACGAGUAGUAACGAUAAGAAUAUAUAUACGUGACAACGUUCAAACCCGCGCCGCGCCGGGUGACGUCCCUGUGCACUAGACAAACUAUUCGUUUGUGUAGCACGUUACUUGCCGAGUUGGCUGGUAUGAUGUCCGCCAUGGCUGUACUGUAAGCCAAUGGCGGGUGACAACAACGGAACGUAGCGUGCAACAAACAAUAACCAGUAAUCGCAUCAAAAAUAGCCCGCGCAUCGGAUAACAAUUUAAAAUGCCGAGCAAACUGCCUCCACUACUAUACAUGUCCUCUAUGUCACACCAUGUUAAUCGUAGCGGGCAACAAAUAACAAUAAUACGAAAAUAGAUUUAUAAGCAGCAGCAGCAACAAGCAAAACAGAUAUGUGUCACCAACUUACCAUGAAAACGUCCUAGACAAAACGAAGAAACAAAUGUAAUUACGAUAUCAAAUACAAUGUCCAUCCUCUGCCUAAGCUCCAGCUUACAACUAUCAGAUAUACCUGUAAUUACUGCUAUCACGACUAAUGGUGAUAUCAUAAAUCUUACUAUAUUGAGCACCACAAACCAGUGAUGUUAAGCUAUACCAAGCGUAUCAGAACACAUCUGUCAAUGUGCUAUUGAGAUAAUACUGCUGCAGCAGCAGCAAAUAAUAAUAUCUAACUAUAUAUCGAAACAAACAGGAGCCAAACCGCGGCAGCGUGCAAACUACUACUAUCCUAUUAUCAUGUAAGGAGUAUCGCACAUUAAAUCUUUGUUACAGUAGCGCCGUGCGAUCCGCCGCUUCGCAGAGUUGAACCUAGCAGACGAAAAAGAAGCCGUAUGCCGCUGUUACCGCCGAAAAAUAAACGUUUCGACAGCGUUCGGGGCUCGUCAACGGCGUUAUCUAGGCACCUUCCUAUUUUCGCCCCAAAGGCGGUUUAUAUCAACAACAUGCUUGAAUAUAUCGACCCGCGCACUUGGCUAAGGCUCCAUUUAGACAACCAGAGAGUGAUCUAGCGGUGAACAGAAGAGGGAAAUUUUGUCGUGAGAUAAAUCACAUGUCAGUCGAGACUUCGGAUUAGGCGUUCAUUAGAAGGUUGAGAAGGGUGAUGAACACAAUGAGCCGCUUUGCUAGCCUAUAAGGAUCUGGCGUGUCUCACUUGCAUGGUAAUGACGAAUUGACCUAUCUGUUAACGUAUCGCUGCCCGCUCGCUAGUCGUCAAGAAUAUACGAAUGUGGCAAACAACAUUGACCUUAAAACUAAACUAACUUCGCAUGGAACUCUGCGACGGCAUCGCCGUAGGGAAUAAAGACAAGUAAGACCUAUUAGCCCGAUCAACAGACAGUCAGUCACUACAAGAACAUGUAAUACAAGAUAUACAUACAUUAAUGAUUACGCUGAUAAUGAUGGUAAUAUCGAAGGAGCCAGUGAAAUGUCUCUUUAUAGAAAUCAGCCCAUGAUGAUGCAAACAUGUACGCGCUGCGCGCACGCCCGCUGAGGACCUUUAACGCUAUGAAGAAAUACUGCAAUCGACAAAUGAUGAGAGCACUAAAAAAAUUACUGCGAAGUUGAAUAGCGCACGAUUCCCAAUAACCGAUCGGAAGAUGACGCACAGAAUGAUACAUUGGAUUUGAUACUAAUAUCUGGCAAUCAUUAUAUAUUUGCAUAGUUAUUGCAUGUUCUUUAUGCUCAGUGUGAUCCCGGAUCUUGCUUCUGGCGUUGUCUAGGGUUUUACCUCCGAACUAGGCUGGCUAGCUGGCUAGUGUAUAUUCGAGAAGUCGACAGUCCGACAGUGCGUCCUCAGCGGGCGAAGGCCGCUCCUAACUGCAACAGGACAGAAGCAUCUAUUGUACCACGCGAUAGCCAAACAAGAAACAGAACAAGCCACACAACAAGCUAAGCAGCCACUUAAUAUCGAGUACCGCCCGCACACCCGCCGAGACCGCGUCAAAACCCGUUGCCCGUCAACCCAGUUCGCUGACAAUUGCCGUACGGUAACCGUCUGGUAGGACACUGUGCAUCCGCGUCUGUAUGGCGUAGCUUGUGCUCGCGAUGCCAUCGGUUUUGCCGCGGCGUCGAACCGGCGAAGGGCCGACGGGCGGGGUGCUGACCGGGUGUUACAACUUCACCAUCAAAUAUACAAUAAAUAAAAACGAUGUAAGGCAAGCGCAUCCCAACAAAAGGUAACCAUGUUCCCAGAAAGGUCGUGAUGAACAGACAAACCGAGAACUUUGAUCUCCCUUUGGUAUGUACGCGGUUUCCGGAGGCGCGCGGGCCCAGACCUGGCCGCCCUCUGCCGCCGAUAAAGUAGGACAAAACAACUAUCGAUAAACUAUACGAAACAUACAGAUUCUACUACAGAAGACACCAAUCUACAGGCUCUCCUUUUAAACGAUGAUGAUUGUGAUGGUGAAGAUGAUCCGGACCAAGCAGCAGCAACAGAAGCUUAAAGCAAAUGACGACUGUGAAGAUACCAACGGACCAAGCGAUUUUAGGUGCGGCGACAGGCCAGUUGGAGGGAACCUAACGGAAGCCUCCUGCCUAUCCUGAUUGCUCUCCACCAGGAACGGCAUCAUACAUCAUCUAUUUAGCUCUUCCAAACGACCGGCAAAAGAUGGGAAAACCUGCGUACGCCGUGAGCGCGCGCCGGCGAACUGACCGCAAAUGCAUUCAGACCAAAGACAGAGUAUUCGAAGAGAACAAGUCAGUAACCGACUGACUUAGCUUACGUACAGGUAACCAGCCAACAGCGAGUCUCACAGAACAACUACCAUGGUAAAAUCAAGAGAUGCUAUUGCUACUUCUGGCCCAUGAAAAAACCGAGGCAUACAGGCACAACCUAUUUGUAGUGUGAUAGUGGCGAUGCCCUUCGCUAGCCACCGUUGCAGUCAGUAGUCGUGAAGUACAAACAAGCUUACCGAGUGAGUUUCACCUCUUGUAGACCUCUCCACACAGAUCGAACAGCAGCAACAAAACAGCAAGCAACAGCCCAACCAAGAAAUAGCGAGGAUCGUUCUAAGCUUUCCCACAUAUUCGAACGACAACAGAAAACCCAACAGGACCUUUUAAUCAACAGCGUAUGGCGAUGGUAAUGACUAAGCAGCAACAAUGAUCGACGCCCGAAUACAGAACGCGGACGAAAACACGAUAAGGUCUUCGACUUCGUGAAGAACCGGAUGCGCUUGCCUUGAUCAAUCAACUAUUGAAAAAAAUUACAAACAAAUAAUAACGUACUGUACGUAACGUAACCACCCUACCAACAAACAAUCAACCUAUUGCUAUCAAACAGUGUAAACAAACAGACUUAAGAAACAAAAGGUAUAAAAACGCAACGGUAAUAAUCGUCAAUGUCACAUAAAGAGGAAACAAAAAAAAAUACACACAAUCAAAAGUCUCGAAUCUUCUGAUGGAUAAUCAAAACACCGCAUCAAUAAAUGCCAAUAUCGAGAAAGAUAACGAAGAAAAUCUUUAAGUCUUCAAUAAGGAAAACAAUCGAGGAAAAUUACGUUAAUAGACUGAUUCAAUCAAAUCGCUUUGAUCUCAUCUAUUUGGUAACUGACAGAAUUGAUUAUUCUAUUAUACUGAAUACUGCGAUAUCAAUUCAAUACUCGUAAAAUGAUACAUCGUAGUUUACCAAUAACAGUAAACUAUAAUAACGGUUUCGGUAUAGUCUCUCUCGCAUGGUUAUCUAUUAUGUAUUUUAUCAUGAACCAUAAUAAUAAUCUACAUAUUUUAUGCGUCAUAUCGUAUGUUCGCGUGUCUGUGUUUAGAUAGACGGGCGGCCAAUACCUCUCGUUGCCACGGCGCCCACGCGCUAACGAGCCGCUUUCACAGUUUUCAUCCGAUAUUGGCUGACUCCCCCUGCCAAGGUUCCCUGUAAAGCUUAUAUAUAUAUAUAUAUAUAUAUAUAUAUAUAUAUAUAUAUGAGGGAGUGCCAGCUGUCGGAGAACGCCGUCUGCUGAGUCGAUUAUCUUGUAGACGGAAGACGAUUGCUCGAACGAGAGCUGUCCCGUACCCACCUAUACGCGUCGUACUUAUUUUGCACGCACUUGGGAUUUAGACUGGGAAACACAACGCAGAACAGCAGGUCCGGACUCCAGCAAAACAGCAGCAGAUACCAAGCAAAAAUAACCAUAUAUAAUUUACCGAGAGAGACAGUUAACAAGGGUACCAGGAAUAUAUCUGUGGGUUGUUGGGGCUGCGUCUUCUUCAACACAACAUACUUGGGAACUUCGACACUUCCGCUUUAAUAUACUCUUCGAACAUCAACUCAACGAUUAAGCAGGGAAGUCUGAGCAGGCACAGGAUAUCCAUAGAUGGCAAAGCCACUCACAUCUUCGAAUGAGCAACACCAAUUAAGCAAAAUAUAACCAAGUGUGUUAUGAAUACGAUAACAAUAAGAUCACCAACAAUACUAACGAACCUAAUGUCGAGGCUCCCUGUAAGAGAACGUGAUAGCAACAACAAAAUACCGAUUUAAUAAAACAAAAACAUAACAAAAGUUGAUUUAGAAAAGGAAGUGGUCGAGCUUGUUGAUGCUGAAGAGGACGCAGGUGACCGCGACAGCCAACGCCUAUAAAACUCUGAAAUACAUAGAGCAAUGCAAAUUAAUAAAAAAAACUGUUACAGAAUAUAUAUUUCUCGCAACUACCAAUCAAUAUACCAUACGAAUCUAAAACCCACAGUAAAAAUGAACAUCACAAGCAUCAAACGCAAAAGCCGAACGAAUAGCAAUUGAACUAUUCUAUUGUUGAGCGACGCGAAAGAUGCCGUCAAGACAACUACACGCAGAUAUUAACCAAACGAAACAACUUACGACGACAACAACAACAGGUCAUCUCACGCAACAACAACAACAACAACAACAAAAUGAGCAAGAGUUAAAAACGACCAGCAACACCUUUGACAAAAAACUGAAAAAUGAAAAAUAAAUGUUUGCAUUUCCGGAACGCGGCUCCCUUCCAAACAAGUUUCUAAGGGGCACAAGUAUGGAAAAGCAGUUUAUUUUC